AUGAAUGAUAAAGAACCAUUGGUGAAGAAAACUUUUGAUCAAUUUAAUAAUGAAAAUUCUGAUGAAGAAAACAAACAGAAACAAGAAUUCUUAAGUAACAGUUUUUCUGAUUGGCAUCACUGGUUUGACAAAAGAACAGUUGAUAAACAAAAUGGAAAUAUCAAUAAUGACACAAAUACAAAAUACAAAAAUGAUAUGGUCAAUGUUAUUGAUUUAUUUCGUUUUGCUGAUCGUAUUGAUUAUAUAUUAAUGUUUAUUGGUAUAUGUUUUCUAUUAAUAAUGGCUGCUGGUGUUGCAAUUACUCAAGUUACUUUUGGUCAAUUAAUCGGAUUAUUUGCUGAAGUUAAACUUCGAGAAAAUUGUCAUCGUCAUCGACAAACUUUUAGUAUUUAUAAUUCAAGUAACUAUGUAUGUCCACCUGGUAUAAAUAUCAAUUCAAUAUCAUAUGUAGAACUUCAAGCAUUGUGUUAUUAUAAUAAUGUUACUGUGAUAUCUUCAUCAGAUGUAUUUUUAUUGUCAUUUCGAAAGAAAGUAAUGGGUCCAAUAUAUCGAUUGAUAAUUGUUGGUAUUAUUGAAUUCAUCUGUACUAUAAUUUUAUUUAUUUGUUGGACAGUUUCACUAAAAAGACAAACAUAUCGGAUGAGUAUUCGUCUGUUUCAAUCACUUCUUCAACGGAACAUUUCAUAUUUGGAUAAAGUUGCAAUUGGUAAUAUCAAUUCCAAGUUGUUUGAUAAUAUACGAAAGAUUGAUAGUGGUGCUGGUUAUGAAUUUUUAUUCGUAGUCGGAGUCAUAUUUUGCAUUGUCCUAGACAUAGUAGCGUCAUUUAUUGUUAAUUGGAAAUUAGCAUUAGUAAUGUUGUGCAUUUUACCUAUAAUUAUGAUGACAUCAAUGAUAUUUUCAAAAAUUAUUUCUAAUGAGGAAAUGAAUGUAUUGAAUUCGUAUUCAAAAGCUGGACAAAUUGCUGAAGAAGUAUUUAGUUCACUUCGAACAGUUCUCUCACUCAAUGGUUCGAAAUUUGAACAAAAUCGUUAUGAAAAUGAAUUACAUUCUACUACUCGAAAUAGUAUUCGACAGGGUGCUGUUUUUGGAUUAUUUGCUGGUUGGUUAUCAUUUAGUACAUAUUUAAUUUAUUCAAUUGGAUUUAUUUUUGGAUCUAUUUUCAUCUUUUAUCGUAAUAAUGAAGAAGCCGAUUUAGUUGAAAUUACUAUUGUUCUCUGUGUGUUUGCACAAUCUAUGACUCUUUUCAGUUUUAUUGGACCUUUUCUUCAAACAGUUUCGGAAGCUCGAAGUGCAGCAGUACCAAUAUAUCGCCUUAUUGAGGCCGAAAAUGAUAUGGGUAUAAAUGAAACAGAAAUAUGGAAUGAGAGUGUAACCAGUAAAAAGCUUAUUAAUACUAAUAUUGAUAUUAAAUUUGAUAAUGUUAAUUUUAUUUAUUCAUCGCGAAAGGACAUAUCUGUAUUAAAUAAUCUUAGUUUUAUCGCUCGUGCUGGUCAAACGACUGCUAUUGUAGGUCCAAGUGGUUGCGGAAAAAGUACAUGCUUAUCACUUCUUCUACGAUACUAUGAACCAUCGUCAGGACGUAUUUUAAUUAAUGGUCAAUCGAUUAAAGGAUAUGAUCUCAAACAACUUCGACAAACAAUCGGAGUUGUUAAUCAGGAACCUAUACUUUUUUCUACGAGUAUUGUGGAAAAUAUUCGCUUUGGCAAAGAAAAUGCUACAAUGGCAGAAAUUGAAGAAGCAGCACGACAAGCAAAUGCACAUACUUUCAUCAUGCAAUUGCCUAAUAAAUAUGAAACACUCGUAGGUGAACGAGGUGUACAACUAAGUGGCGGUGAAAAACAACGUAUUGCUUUAGCUCGUGCUUUGAUUAAACAGCCGGCUAUACUUCUAUUGGACGAAGCAACUAGUGCACUUGAUAAUAUUAAUGAAAAACUCGUACAAGAAGCACUUGACAGAGCCUAUCAAGGCCGUACAACUAUAGUCAUUGCUCAUCGUCUAAGUACAAUUCAAAAUGCUGAUCAUAUUUAUGUAUUAGAUAAUGGAAGUGUUAUUGAAGAAGGUACUCAUGAAAUAUUAAUGGCGAAAGAAGGAAGUAAAUAUCAAGAAAUGAUAAAAAAUCAACAAGUAGAAAAACUGGAUAAUAGUGAAGAUGAUUUAUAUCGAGGAACAAAAGUAGAGGAAGGAGUUAAUCGAGAAAUCAAUAGAAAUUCUUUUCCAUCAAAUUAUAAACAACCUUUAGAUACAGACAAAGAAGAGCAAAAUCUUUUGAAUGAAAGAUCUAUCAUUAUGAGACUUUUGUCAAUGAACCGUCCAGAAUUAUUUUAUCUUGUCAUUGGUUCAAUAGCAAGUAUAUUGAACGGGAUAGCUGUACUAUUCUUUGCGUUUCUCGUUGCGCGCACAAUCUAUCAAUUUGCUAUCUGUGAGUAUUUGGAACGACGUCACAGAAUACUGACCGCUAGUUUCAUACUUGCAUCAAUGGGUCUUUUGGUCUGGAUAUUUCGUUUUGUUCAAUACACAGCGUUUGCCAUAUCAGGAUCGAAAUUGACUCAUCGUGUCCGUUCCACAGCAUUUCGAUGUUUUCUACGACAAGAAGUUGCCUACUUUGAUCGUCCAGAAAAUAGCACUGGUGCCAUAUGUGGUCGUCUCUUUGCAGAUGCAUCAGCAGUACAGCAGAUGAGCGGCACAAGAUUAGGACUUAUUUUUGAAACUGUCGCAUUGAUUUUUUUUGGUCUUUUAUCUGGCAUGUUGUUAAGUUGGCAAUUGACACUAAUUGCAUUGUCUCCUCUACUUCUUCUCAUUCCUGCUAUGUACAUGAGUGUACGUGNUGCCAUAUGUGGUCGUCUCUUUGCAGAUGCAUCAGCAGUACAGCAGAUGAGCGGCACAAGAUUAGGACUUAUUUUUGAAACUGUCGCAUUGAUUUUUUUUGGUCUUUUAUCUGGCAUGUUGUUAAGUUGGCAAUUGACACUAAUUGCAUUGUCUCCUCUACUUCUUCUCAUUCCUGCUAUGUACAUGAGUGUACGUGUAGAAAUGUGGUUGAAUAGAUUAUGUGAUCACGCUCGUGGACAAGCGAAUAUGAUUGCAGUAGAAGCUAUUCACAAUAUGCGCACAGUUAAACAUUUAUCUGCUGAACGAAUCAUUUUGAAUAAAUAUUCCGAACAUAUGACUGCCAUAAUCACAUUAUACCGAAAAUAUUCGAUAAUAUUCACAAUACCAUAUGGUUUAUUAUGGGUAAUAGAUUCAAUCACAACGGCAUUUCUAUAUUUGUAUGCUCUUAUUCGUUUUGAACGGAAUCAAUUCACCUUCAAUGAUAUCAUAGUAAUCAUUGCAUUUGUUGUUUUCGUGAUGCAAGCAGUGCGAAGUGUAGAAUCUAUGUCCAAGCAAAUUGGUACUUCUCUAUCUUCGAUUAAAACUCUUCUGGAUCUAUUUGAUCGAACACCAACUAUCGAUAAUACAUCAAUUGAAGGAGCCACGCUGGUUCAUUUUGGUGGACAGAUCGAGUUCAAUCAAGUGAAAUUCUCUUAUCCUACACGUCCAACAAUUACUGUUCUUAAUCAAUUUCAAUUGAAGAUUGAGCCAGGUCAACGUCUAGCAAUUGUUGGCGCUUCCGGUUCUGGAAAAUCGACUGUUACCCAUCUAUUAGAACGAUUCUACGAUGUUGAAUCUGGCCAAUUGCUCUUUGACGGUAUUGAUAUUCGACAGUUGAAUAUUCUAUGGAUUCGUUCUCAGUUGGGUCUUGUUGGUCAAGAGCCAGUGUUAUUCAAUUUAACAAUUGCAGAAAAUAUCGCUUAUGGANAGCCGCUAAACCUCUACUGA